AAAGGGAAAAUAUGGCGCUGUCCUCGUAAUUGUGAAAACAUGAUGAAGAAAACAUGAUGAAGAAAGGAUUAAUGUAGUGUUUCACAACAAGGAGCAGACUGUAGGACGUGUUUAUAUCUCACCAAGCCCUCAACAUGCCUGCCUUCAGACAGGUGGGGGAGAAGCAGCUUCCCAACCCGGUGCUGUGCAUGGCCUGGUCUCCAAAGAGAGAUCUGAUCGCUCUGGCCAACACCACCGGAGAGUUGCUGCUGCACCGAUUGGCCAGUUUCCAGAGAGUUUGGAGUUUACCCCCAAGUGAGUUCACGGGGAAGGAGAUCACUGCGCUCGCCUGGAGACCUGAUGGCAAGAUCCUGGCCUUCCACCUGAAAGACACCCAGCAGGUGGUCCUGUGCGGCGUGGAGAAGGCAGAGAUCCUCCACGUGUUCCCCAUGCAGAACUCUGUGACCUGCAUGCACUGGAUGGAGGUGACGGAGGAGAGCAGCGCCCUCAGCUCCUUCUACAACUCUGAGGAUGAAUCCAAGCUGUUUCUUCCUAAAUUACCGACUCUCCCCAAGAGUUACAGCACCACCUCAAAGAUCUUCAGCGAGGAGAAGUCUGACGAGAUAAUGAACCUCCUGGGAGAAGUCAG